GGGUUCUUUCUCUGGAAUGGCCCCGCCCUGGUAUGUACCUCUCUCCACCUUCCCCUGCAGCUAAGAACUUGGCGAGCCAGUAGAGGGUGGGCCAGGAAAUAUAUAAAAGACGGCAAGUCUGGUCUAGGUUGGGAGACUUAGCCAAAGUAAAGUUUAGUAGUCUCAGAAGAGCACUUGGAGGAGCUGUUACCCUAGCACUGAGUUGAGACCCUAGAUGAAGACUUGUCCUGGAAUUGGGGCUCAACCUGCUGAGCCAGGCCGCCCACUCCUAGCACCUGGAUCCUGACCUAUGACUUGAGUCCCCGCCUCAUCCAGUCUACAACCCAGCUACCCCGGCCCGCCCACCGCUCUCCCAAUACUCAACCAUCAGCCGGACCGCCAGGCUGUGCAGGGGUCCUCAGAAGUUAUGGAGGUCCUGGCCCUGGCCAGAUAUCGUGCGCAGACGGAGGACGAACUGAGCCUGGCGCCGGGGGACGUGGUCCGGGAGGUUUGUGCCGGGGAAGCCCAGGGCUGGCUACAUGGGGAUCUACGGGGCCGCCGCGGUCUCUUUCCCAAGAACCUGGUGCAGGAGAUUCCUGAGGCCCUGUGGGGCGUCACUGAGCCCAGACCGCGCUGUGCGCGCCGCCGCGGUCACCCGGUCAACUCUCAGGACCCUCAAAGAUGGUGCAAAGUGAACUUCAACUACAGUCCAGAGCAGACAGACGAGCUGAAGCUUCAAACUGGGGAGAUUGUGGAAGUGAUAAAGGAGAUUGAGGACGGCUGGUGGCUGGGGAAGAAGAACGGGAAGUUGGGAGCCUUCCCAUCCAACUUUGUGGAAUUGCUGGACAGUGGGUCCCCAAGUCUUGGGAACACAGACAUGCCUUCAGUCACCCCUAAUCCACCGAGGCCUCCUAAGCUGAGCAACUUGACCUAUGACAGCCCUCCAGACUACCUGCGAACAGUCUCCUGCCCUGAGACCUGCAGGGUCCUGUUUGACUACCAUCCUGAGGCCCCGGAUGAGCUGGCACUGCACAAGGGGGACCUGGUGAAAGUCUUGAGAAAGACAACAGAAGAUAAGGGCUGGUGGGAAGGAGAGUGCCGAGGCAGGAGGGGAGUGUUCCCAGACAACUUUGUGCUCCCCCCACCCCCGAUCAGGAAGCUGAUCCCACGAAAAAUUAUAUCUCGGGAUAUAUCAGCUCCUGUUAAGGAAUCAAAAAAGCUGAUGCCCAAAACAUCCCUACCCUCUGUCAAGAGGCCAGCAGCUACCUCUGUACCUAGCAAAGCCAAGAUAUCUUCAACACCCAGUGGGGACAGUCAGAAACGCCCUUGCCGGGACUCUGGCUUCAAUAGCAGCUUCCUCAAUGGAGGGCCCAGACAGCCUGGGAGAAAGCAAACCAGACCCCAGGCACCCCAACAGCACGCUGUAUUCAGCCAGGAGAAUGAACAGAGAAGCCCGGGAAAGACCCCCUCCACAAAUAAAAGCCCCACUCCAAAUAAGACUCCGCUUCUAGAUAAGACCCUUGGCCCAGAGAAGAUCUCAGCUCCUGACAAAGUCUCCACCCCAGAGAACCCUGUUCCAGAGAAAGCCCUGGAUUCUGACAAAGUUCCCACUGCAGAGAAUACCACUGUGGACAAGGCUGCCACUACAGAGAGUGCCCUUUCAGUGGAUGAGGCCCCUGCCCUAGUGGCCCCAACUGAGGAUGAAACCGUUGACCCGAAGAUGGCCCUUCACGUGGACAGUACCCCUGUACUAGUAAAGAUCUUGACCCCAGAGAACAUGCUUUUUGAAGAGGACCCUAUUAGAGACAACACUCAGUGCCAGCAUUUGCCUCAGGAAGAAACCACACAGGCUUCUGAGUCUCCUGCAUCUCCAAAUGACAUCGAGGUGCCAAAAGAGUACUCUCCGCGGUCUAACUCUUCAGAGAGCUGGUGUUGCUCUAAAAUGAAACAUGGGGACGGUUCCCCAGCUCACUCCAGAGCUAAGAAUGAGGCUGCCGUGGAGGAGGCCACCUUUCUGGAGGGGUUACCAGCCAAAGAUGAGACAACCCUGAAAGAGCCACUCCCCAAAGAAAAGCUGCCUUCCGAAGGAGCGGGCCCCCAAAAGCAGGUGCCUCCUAAAGAGCCAGUCCCCACUCCCCAAGUACCACAUGCUAACAAGCAGAUUCCAAACCCUGAAGAAACCCCCACACUUCAUCCCGAGGUCCCACGAGCGUCUUCCAAAAGCAAGAAUGACAGCGUGGAUGUAACAACGCUAAAGGAAGAGGUGGGGUCGCUAAAGAGCACGCUGGAGCUUCUGGAGUUGAAGCUGGAGCAGAAGAUGAAUGAUGUCUGGGAGGAGCUGAAGACUGAGAAAGAGAAGCUCCAGUCCCUAGAGGUUCGGUUGACGCCGGGGACCCAGAAGUCCUUUAAGCAUGCGCAAACACAGACGGAAUGAGAGCGAAUGAGAGCGGGCUCAGGAGGAACCUCAGCCCGACCUGCAGGGACGACCAUCCUGCACUGGCCAGCCGGUCCUUGCAUACAACUUUUGAGAAACUCCAAGGAAGUAAAAACUCUGAACUCUUAA